AACAAAACGUGGCCGCACCUCAGAGAGUCUACUCAGUUUGUGUGAAGCAGUCCGCGUGUAUCUUCUUGGCGUUCAGUUCAGAAGCGCUAACAAAAGUUGAACUGUUAGUGAAUAGCUACGUGAAGCCUACGAAGUAAAUAUCGCUUCAGUAUUAAAAUUAAUUUUUGUUUUAAAUAAUGUAAAUUCAAGAAAGUGAAGUGAAAAAAGUUUUACUUACAAUUGUUAACCUAAACCUUUAUCAAAAAUAAAUUAAUUACGAAAUGGCUAACGAGGUUCCUGCAAAAGGCAGCAUCUUAGGAAAAUGCUUACCUGCCCGUUACAUAUUGGCAGUACUUGGAUCUUGUGGUAUGGCCAUCAUUUAUGGCCUCAAAGUGAAUCUCAGUGUUGCAAUGGUGGCAAUGUUAAACCAUACCGCCAUUGAGGCAGGACAUGCUGUUACUCAUGAAGUUCAUAAUUCCAGUCUAAUUCCGGUUUCACAGGUAGAGGUGUGCAGUAAGCCCGGCAAUGGAAAUGUAACCAAACAAGAGGAUGGACCAUUUAUUUGGAGUGAAGGCAUACAAGGAACUUUGUUGAGCUGCUACUUCUGGGGUUAUUUGGUGUCACAAAUACCAAGCGCACAAGUAGCUGAAAGGUUUUCUGCUAAAUGGGUUAUGUUCUUCUCAGUAGGAAUCAAUGUAAUUGCGACCUUGCUCACACCGAUUAUGACAAAGGCACACUAUGCCGGUUUAAUUGUAAUGCGUGUCCUGGAAGGCGUAGGAGGUGGAGCAACUUUCCCAGCUAUGCACUGCAUGAUCGCCGCAUGGGCACCACCCAAUGAACGCUCUGUCAUGUCGACCAUAAUAUAUGUAGGAACGUCCUUUGGUACGGCCAUUUCCAUACUCUUAGCUGGAGUUUUGUCAGCACAAUGGGGCUGGGAAUCGGUCUUCUACUGGAUGGGUGGUUUAAGUGCAGUCUGGAUGACCUUAUGGAUGUUCCUCAUACAAGAUAAUCCGAAUAAACAGCGUUUCAUCAGUCCAGAAGAGCGCCUAAUGAUCACUUCACAGUUGGGAACUGAAAACACCGCAUCGAACGAGGAGCACCCACCAGUUCCGUGGAAGAAAGUAUUGACAUCCAUACCGUUUUGGGCUAUUUUAAUUGCUCAUUGUUGCAGUAAUUGGGGAUGGUAUAUGUUCCUCAUCGAAAUACCAUUCUACAUGAAACAAGUUUUGAAAUUUGAUGUGUCAAGUAAUGCUCAGUUCAGUGCAUUGCCCUACUUCCCAAUGCUUAUUUUAAGUAUUUUGUUGGGUAAAACUCUGGACACAUUGAAAGCCAAAGGGAAAAUUACUAUUACUACUGCACGUAAAACUGCAACUAGUAUAUGCACAAUUAUACCCGGUGUUUGUCUUCUAGCAUUGUGCAACAUCGGUUGUAAGCAUACAGCUGCCGUUAUAAUCAUGACAAUCGGAAUCAUUGGGAUGGGCGGCAUGUUUUCUGGAUUCCUUUCUAAUCACAUUGAUAUUGCUCCUAAUUACGCUGGUACACUGGUUGCCAUUACCAACACUGCAGCAACAAUUCCCGGCAUCAUAGUUCCAAUAUUUGUCGGUUUUAUUACAACCAAUAACCAAACAAUUGAUGCUUGGCGUGUUAUUUUCUAUGUAACUAUUGUACUUUUCGCCAUCGAGUUCUUGGUAUUUGUAGUAUUUGGCUCAGGCGAGGAACAAUCUUGGAAUAAGAUCGUGAAAAAAGAAGGAAAGGAUGAAUCGACACCAUUGAAGGCUCAACCAGUAAAGGACAAUGUGUAAACAUUUUCAACAUUUUCUAAAAAACUCAAUGAGUUUAAGUUACCUUAGUUGUUGUUAAUUUAUACAUUUUUUAGUUAGUUUUAUGCAUGUACCAAAACUCAUUUCAAUAUAUGUUCAUAUGAUAUAUAGUAAAUGUCAUUGUGGGUAUCUAUCGCUUUGGUAAUUAAAUGUUUAUGCUCACCUACUUGUAUACUGUUUAAAAGUACAAAGACAACAAGAGAUUUGUAAGUUACAUAUGUACGUAUGUAUAAAACUGAAUAAAAUAUAUCUACAUACAAAAAAUAA